AUGCAAGCUUGCGACCGCUGUUAUCGACGCAAGUCCAAGUGUGACAAGGCAGUCCCCACUUGUGGGCAGUGCCAGAAGGCUCGCACGCCCUGCGACUACAUCGAUCGGUCUCGGGAGCCGACUGUCCGACGAGAGGCCGUCGAGCGAUUGGAGCGGCGGCUGAGGCAGGUUGAAGCGAAGAAUCGCGUCCUCACUUCUCAACUAGCGACAUAUCAAGCAGCUCGGUCUAACAGCAUUGGAGAUGAGUCCCGUGAGGGUCCUCAGCCACCAGCCCUCACUCCGAAUUUCCCCUUCGACCGUAACGAGGUCGCUGAUGAGGUUUCGUUCCUUUCGCAACAGGCUGGAGGGGAACGCAACCAUCCAGGUGUUGCCAGCGGCGUUGUGUUCUCACACCUCGUUCAGGGAGUCGCUUCAUUGGAUUCUUCCAGCCCAUACGAAAAGUCCACUCGCACGCCUGCCCGGCAAGCCAAUCAAACAACCUCGUCGACACAUAUAUCCCGCGAGGCAUUACCACCGGAGAUAGUCGCCCGGCGCUUACACCAGGCAUACUUUAAUCAUGACUAUCUCUGCUACCCAUUUCUCAAUUGUCACUCAGUGCUGGCCAACUUGGACCGCAUUUAUGCCGACGUCUCAAUAUUAGAAGCCGAUGCCACGGUCGCGUUUCCAUUUUACAUGGUGCUUGCAAUCGCAACAUCCAGUGCACGUAAAUACGAUUGGCAGUCAUUACCUGAAAGUGAGAACUUUCAAGCUUGCGCGAUGGAGCGGGUGACCGAAAUACUUCAGCGCAGUGAUAUUUACGCUCUUCAAGCCGUACUCCUGCUAUGUCAAUACCGCAUGACCAGUCCGGUCCAAGAGAAGUCAACUAGUCUAUGGCAUAUGGUUGGAUUUGCUGCUCGCAUGUGCUUUGAACAGGGUCUUCAUCGCAAUGAAACGUACUACGACCCGAGUGACCACCAAGAUAAUGAAAAUAUCUUGGUAAUGAGUGAAACUCGACGACGAUGCUUCUGGUGUGUGGUCAAUAUGGACCGGAUUGUAAGCAUCACACUCGGCCGGCCCUUGGCUAUUCAUCUUGAGGAUGUUGAUACGGCUCUUCCCUUGUCACAUAAUGAGUCGAGUGAUCCAACCCUGGAAAAUACAGAAGACCUACCAUCUCCAACAGCUAUAUUCAACCACAUUACGCGAUAUCGGAUUCUAAGCGGCAAGGUGAUGACUUCACUGCACAGUAAUCGUGCGAAUGCACGCGAUGAAGACUCCGCGGCGGUGGCUCGAAUGACCUUGACAGGAGAACUCGAACAAUGGCGAAACGAAAGCCAAAAUCUACACUUGCAGCCUGAAGGCUGCGAUAGGACUCGGCGAUCCAGUUUUCUGUGUCCUGAAUGGUAUGAAUUGUUAUACUACAACACGCUCCUAAUGCUAUAUCGACCUUCCCCCACCUUAUCCACACUAUCAACACGCCCACCAGCUGCAUUCCAAGCUAUUUUCGACGCAUCCCGCGGGGCGAUAGCACGUUAUGCCCUACUUCAUACCUCACAGCGCAUAAACUAUACCUGGAUCACUCUCCAUGCAGUCUUUAUGGCGGGACUGUCCUACAUCUAUGCUGUGGGGCGGCACUAUCGAACUCGCAAGGGAAAUGCAAGCGCCACUAUUGUGGGAAGCACACUCUCGGCUGAUCCGACUAUAAUUGAGGUAGUCAAUACAUGUCGUUCCUGUUCAAUCGUGCUUGUGGCUGUAUCCGAAAGGUGGGCCACGCCUCGGCAUUGCCACCAGGUUUUCGAUAGGCUUAGUGACGCCGUGCUUGCCGAUGUCAUUGCCUUCUUUACGCAGGCAACCCCUACGUCAUCAUCGUCAAUUAAUCAAGCCGUGAUGCCUCGAAAUCCAAUGAUAGAGCAACCGAAUCUCAAUCUUCCAAUGUCCCCUGAGACCGGCGUCUCCAUCCCGCCGAUCGCCACCCCUACCCCCUUCCCCCUUGGCGUCGACACUGCGUUGCGAGACUGCUUUGAAGAUCUUCAAAAUUUCCAUGAUACUUAUGGCGGGGACGGUCCCAUCCGCCAGCUCUCCCAAGAUUGGCUUCACGAGAUUGGUGGGAUGGCCUUGCACGCUGUGCAAUUAUGGGGGGGAAUAGUGACGCUGUGA